AUGGCAUUAGUCAAAUUGGUCGGUAAUAUUUGGGAACUAUGGGAAGAGGACAGUUGGAAAACCUAUCCACGGGUUAACGGUAUUUGUUUGCCCGACUACUACCUGAACAUUAAGAACAGUUACGCCAACGAAUGGGCACUGAUAGCCGGUUUCGGUAAGACUGAUGUCGGCGUUGAUAAUAUGGGACCAUUGCAUACGGGUUGGACUAAAAUUAGACAUUAUGACAAUCAAUCAGAUGGUUUUAUAUAUGGGCAAAGAUAUCCACCGAUAGUUGGUCCGGGUGCUUGUCUGGGUGACUCUGGCGGUCCAUUGAUUCAGUACGAUAUGUCUGGUCAUCUGAGAGAUAGUGGUCGGGCAGUACUUAUUGGUAUUACUUCGGCAAUUAAUGGUAGACAAUGUCUGAAUAAUACAAAUCAAUUAAGUAAUAUGUAUUUUACUCGUGUGUCUAAAUUAGUCCAAUGGAUUGUUGAUAUUGUUAGAAAUAAUUAA